UCGGUCCAGCUAUUAUUUCCACAAAUAAAGAGAAAUCACCAUAUGAACAUCCUUGAAUCUUCCACGCAUGGUGUCUUCCAAGUGGUGAUCAACGAGAUUGAGCACCAAAAGGCUCUCAUGAUGGAGCUACGUGACAUUAUCCUACCAAUACCUGAUCCCUACAGUGGGCAGGCGAAGCUUGUUCAGCAACUCUUUGAAGAUAUACUCACUUCCUCAAGUAAGUGUAUCUCCUUUCUAGAACUUGGUGAUAAGAGCGGCAAACUGUCCAAUCUUAUCAAAUCUAAAAGAAAAGGUGGUAAGCAUAACACGGAGAAACACAUAUUGGAGGAGGAAUCCAAGGACACUGGAGAUAAGAGAAGGAAGAAUGCACAACACAUAGGUUCGGUUGUGACACAAGCACCACACUAUGAUGGAUAUCAAUGGAGGAAGUAUGGGCAGAAGUGGAUCUCCAAAGCAAAGCAUUCUAGGAGCUACUAUAGAUGUGCCAACAGUAAAGGGCAAGGGUGUCUCGCAACUAAGACAGUGCAACAGAAGGAAAACGAUGGAAGUGGAGUGGUGAGGUUGUUCAAUGUUGAGUAUUAUGGCCAGCACAUUUGCAAGAGGGAUGACAUAUUUCAUCCAGAUAUUGUUAAGACAACUCAUCACAGUGUGCCACUCGCCGAUCAUAACCAAAGCAGUAGUUCAAUAUCUAUUAAUGAUGUCCAUGGAAUUCAGGAUGGAAGCUUUGAAAAAUUAUUCAUGGUGCCUGACACGCCAGAAUAUUUGACAGAUAUUGAAAUGGCAAGGGUACUUGAGGUUACCUCUAUGGACUUGCCACAGAUCUCUGAAGAUUGGGAUCUGGUGAGCCAAUAAGAAGUGAGAAACGAAGUCCUUUGAAUAUAUGGCGUAACUCGCAAUGCAUGCAGUUAGUCAUAUGCUUGUUGUUGUUCUUGCCAUGCCGUUAUGAGUUCUGAUAAGAAAAGGACAUAACUAUGAUCGAGUAUGUCAAUAAUAGAGUCUAAAUUAAGUGCGAUAAGCAGAAAAGCAUGUGCAAGUAAUUUAUAGACAGGAAUUAUGUAUUAUAAAACUUGUAUAUGGUGCCCAACAUGCUAUAAUAUUGACGUACUGUUCAGAUUUUUAUUUGA